AGUAAAUUGGGCUCGAAAUAUAGGGUCAGAAAACGAAACUCACCACAUAAGCAUUCCAGAGAUUUAACAGUCAUGUGGCUUAUGUAACUCAAAGCCGAUUGGAUAAAAGUCUUUUGUUUGUUUUCUUCCUUAUUUAGGACUGAAAGCUAAGUUCCAACAGUGACAGUUAGCUCAGCUUUAAAAUCUUUCUGUGUUAAUCUAUAAUAUCUAUCUGUUAAUCUACAGGGUAUGUGAUUCUUUGCAAAUAAGGAAGCCACUCUCUUUUUGUAAGAAGCAGCCUUUUGAAUUCUGACCAUAAUGGCCUUAACACAGAUGAAGCAUUUGAACUUGAACCUCAAGAAGAACGAAAGAAUUGGAGUUGACUACAUAAAGGGGAUUCUUCAACCUACACCCACUUGUGAUAUCUGGGAUGAAAUCUGGAACUUUCAAGCCAAGCCAGAUGAUCUCCUUAUUUCAACCUAUCCCAAAGCAGGAACAACAUGGAUCCAGGAGAUAGUAGACAUGAUACAAAAUGAUGGUAAUAUUGAGAAAUGUAAACGAGCCCCUACUCACCUUCGGUUUGCUUUCAUUGAAUUGAAAAUUCCAUCACUAUCAUCUGGUGUGGAUAAAGCUAAUGCAAUGCCAUCACCACGCAAACUGAAAACUCAUCUUCCCAUACAGCUACUGCCACCAUCCUUCUUGGAGAAGGGCUGCAAGAUAAUCUAUGUGGCAAGAAAUGCGAAGGACAGCUUGGUGUCCUACUACCAUUUCCAAAAGAUGAACGCAGCACUUCCUGAUCCAGGAACCUGGGAGGAGUAUUUUGAAGAUUUCCUGGAUGGAAAAGUGUGCUGGGGUUCCUGGUAUGACCAUGUGAAAGGAUGGUGGGAAGCAAAAGACAAAUAUCCCAUUCUCUACCUCUUUUACGAGGACAUGAAGGAGAACCCAAAGCAUGAGAUUCAAAAGAUAAUGGAAUUCAUGGGGAAGAACCUAGAUGAAGAUGCUUUAGAUAAAAUCAUCUAUCAUACCUCUUUUGAUAUAAUGAAAAAGAAUCCAAUGGCAAACUAUACAACAGUUCCUACUGAAAUUAUGGACCACUCUGUUUCCCCAUUCAUGAGAAAAGGCACUGUUGGAGACUGGAAAAAUUAUUUCACAGUAGCUCAGAAUGAGAGAUUUAAUGAAAUCUAUAAGGAGAAGAUGGCUGAUACUACACUCUCUUUCUUCAUGGAUGACUAAGAAGGAAAAUCCGGGAUUGAGACAGAAUGAGGAAGAAUUCUGAACUCACCCAAAACUCUGAAGCUAAAGAGAUUUGUCACUAACCACAUAAAAUUCUCACAAUGAUGGCUAAAAAUAAGAAACAUUUUAGGCUCACUUUUUGGAGGUCAUUUUAGAUUUUUCUCCACUGGCUCCUUUUAUCUCAGGAAGUAUCCUAUUGUUUCAUGCCACUCUCCAUAGAUAUUUAGUAUAAUUGCAUUUCCAUGUUGAUACUCACAAUAAAAUGAAUUUAGUAUA